CCUGCUUAAUGAACGAUGGCAAACAAGGUCUUUGCAUCGGGUUGGACUCUGGGGUUUCUUGUUGGGACAGCUCGGGCAGGGAGAUGCCCCCGCUCCGUCUUUUGUACGUGCAAGUGGACCAGACAAAAGCUUAUUGAGGAAUCUCUGGGAAGCCCGGGCUGUUGGAAAGGAAUGCCCCCUCUGUCUUGUGACUCAGUGCUUCAGUCUUAAUCAGUCACCGGAGGGGCUGGUGAGCUGGGGGCCUCUCGGGCCCCGGCGGGCGGACAGGAACUCACUCACUCUUGACCUCUCUUGGCACAGUAAAACGCGUUAGCUGUGCACAGACGGGCAAAAGGCUGGUGAUUGUGGCUGAUAAAUCAAACUAACUGCCCCUAUUAGCCUUUUCAUCCUCAUACUCUCUCAAUCCUUAUGUAACCUCUUUGUCAGAGCAGGGAGUGACUCCAGAUCAAGGAUCAGUUUUCUUUUCUUCAAACAGAAAUCAUUAAAACUCACAUGAGAGACUCAACAGUCCAGCUUCGACAGAGAAAGUGGCUUUUGUUCAGCAUAAAUAAUGGAAUCAUAAAGGGUGAGUGUUUCCCACUAUAUGAAGGCGGAGUUUUCUCCCUGAGGUCCUGAGCCAAACUGGUGUUAUGUAACUGAUUCACUGCUUCUCAUCCUGAUGUUGAGUUACUCCAAAGUUUACAGCCACUCAGAGCCUUGGAAUAAUGUCAUCAGAGCUCAGUUCUGCGGAUGAGGGGAAGAGGAGUUUAGGGAAAUUGGCCUUUAGAGCUGAUUUCUAGCCAAAGAUCUGUCUCACUAAUUGAGAACUGACCUUAAACACAGCCAAGGAUCAAGUUCUUGUUGGUUAAUAUUCAACCCUGGCAGCUUCUCGCUGUGCCUGAAGGGGGAUUUGGAAAUGGCACUUUAGAUUUCGGGAGAAGCCAGACACGCUGAACAUGGGCAGCAGUCCGAGCCGAGGGAAGAAAGUCGCUCCUGCGUGUGUCAGCGAGGUGAACGUGACUAAAACAACCGCCGGGGUCCCGUCCCCCAAACAGGACAGCCGCAUAUUCAAGCCCCUGAAGAUCCACGCGGUUUUACGGAACGCGCGCAACCGUGCGCAAUCGGACUGCCACAGCCAGGGGCCCGACUCCGACUUCUCCGGGGAGGAUGAAGACAUCGAUGCUGAGCUGGACACGGUCCUCGCGGACUAUGAGGAGCGAGAGAGGACCACGGCGAAGAAACCACCUCCCAAGAAGACUUUUGUGAAAUCCAAAACGUACGGACUGUGCCACCUCGGCGGGGAGGACACGGAGGACGAGGUGAGCUCGGCUCCUCGGCUCAGCGCGUCGGGAGGAUCCGAGGAGCCACGUGUCCCCCGCGGAGGAGCUGAAGAUGUAAACAAGAGGAGCAAGGAUGCUUUCACGCACUUAAAAACACACACAGUGGGCACCAGUCAAAACAAUUCCUCUUCCUCCUCAUCAUCCUCCUCAAGGGGCUUUUUGACAAGAGGGUCUCUGCUGGACUCUGUGCCCACAUCAGAAAAACAAUUGACUUUUGGCUGCCACAGCUCCUCUCUCACCAUGCCAGUCAUCCCGUACGAUGGAUCUGAAGAGGAGCUGAUGGACACUAUUGAGCGAGAGUUUAGUUGACCCCCCCCCCAGCUGAGGAGCUACUGUCCCCGGGAUUAUGUCUUUAUAUGGAAUACAACAGUUUGAGAGAGGAAACCAGGGUUGAAUCAGACAAACUCCCUGCGACACAGGGAAGGCUACACUUCACUCCAUGCAGGGUUUCCUGGGUAAAUUUAAACGCACACAGCUGAACUCCUUUGGAUUGACACUAGUCUUACUUAACAACAAGAAACAGUGUAAUUCCAGAGUUAAAUCAGCAGCAGCCUGAGCAGAUGCCUGGAGGUUUGUCCUCUCAGAGCUGUUGACUGACAGCGGCCUGACUGGUUUGUUAUCUGCAGUGGUGAGGUUUCACCCUCUCAGUCCUGCCGGCCUCCCACAGAGCAUGCACCUUAUUACUUAACCUUACUUUAACUUGUCUGUUAAUAGGUGAGGGAGUGAACACAGACAUUUCUCUAAAUGUGCACUUCUGCACAUUUAGGCCCAUUCCUAAGGGCGUUGUAUAUGCAAAGAUAACAUUUUCCACCAGCAGCCCAUUAUAAGGCUAUAUGUUCUCGUGAGUGGCAGCAACCGUGCAGAGGUAUGAGCCGACAUUGUUUAUUUAAAGGUUUCCUUCCUGACCACAGUUCCUGCUUUUUUCUCCACCCUGAAGAAGAAGGAAUGUGAGGCAACACAGAGACUUUGAGUCAGACCCAGUUUGACACAUCGAAGCACAGGGGCCUGCUGCCGCCUAGUGGUGGAACCGAGUAGCUGACGUGCAUGAGAGAUUCUGUAAAUUCUUCAUCAAAUAAACUUAUCACUGUUCAAGGAAAGUAUAUUUCAACCAGGACGAUUUUGCAAUUUUUUGGUUUGUAUUGCAAUUAAAAAUUUACUAGAUCAUGUGAUCGUGAUUGAGAGAAACUGUGUCUGUGUGUACGUGUGUGUGUGUCUGUGUGUGUGUG